AUGGUGACCGGCAAUGCGCGCUAUUUGCGCUACAUCGUCAUCGCCUUUUUCACACUUGCCGUGCUCUAUUUCGUUUCCAACUCAAAGUAUGAAGCAGUGACCAUUCCAACCCGUUUGGAUCCCACAGGCACCAAGAAUCAGCCUGUCAAAUCGGAGGAACCCGGAUACAAGCCCCAACAGCCCAUCAAGAAGCCCAAGCCUUCUGACGAGACGGCUCCCGCCCCCAAGAAACCGAUAGGGGACAACGCACAAUCUCCGCUGGCUUUGACCCCAGAGGAUCCAAACUGGGAUGCUGAACUGGUUUCGCCCGCCCCUGGUCUUCGCAUGAACGCCACCUUUGUUACCUUGGCUCGCAACAGCGAUGUGUGGGAUAUUGCCCGCUCGAUCCGCCAGGUUGAGGACAGAUUCAACCGCCGAUACAACUACGACUGGGUGUUUCUCAACGACAAGCCCUUUGACGACAAUUUCAAAAAGGUCACGACGUCCCUGGUGUCCGGCAAGACGCACUAUGGUGAGAUAGCCGCGGAGCAUUGGUCUUUCCCCCCGUGGAUCGACCAGGAAAAGGCCAAGAAAGUGCGCGAGGACAUGGCUGAGCGCAAGAUCAUCUAUGGCGACUCCAUAAGCUACCGUCACAUGUGCCGAUUCGAAUCCGGCUUCUUCUUCCGACAACCCCUCAUGAUGAACUAUGAUUAUUAUUGGCGUGUGGAGCCAUCUGUCGAACUGCAUUGCGAUGUUCACUACGACCCGUUCCGCGUCAUGCAUGAAGGUGGCAAGAAGUAUAGCUUCGUUCUCAGCCUGUACGAAUACGCAGAGACCAUCACGACCCUUUGGGACAGCACCAAGAAGUUUAUGAAGAACCACCCCGAGCAUAUUGCUGCGGACAACGCAAUGGGUUUUCUCAGCGACGAUGACGGUCAAACGUACAACAACUGCCAUUUCUGGUCCAACUUUGAGGUCGGCAACUUGAACUGGCUCCGAAGCAAGGCCUACACCGACUUUUUCGACUCUAUUGACCGGGAUGGUGGGUUCUUCUACGAGAGAUGGGGCGAUGCUCCCGUUCACUCCAUCGCAGCCGGCAUCUUGUUGAACAAGACGGAGAUUCAUUUCUUCAACGACAUUGCCUACUGGCACGUUCCUUUCACCCAUUGCCCUACUGGCGAGAGGACGCGAUUGGCUUUACGAUGUCACUGUAAUCCAAGUGACAACUUUGACUGGAAGGGCUACUCUUGCACUUCGCGAUUCUUCGACGUGACUGGCAAGACCAAGCCUCAGGGUUGGGAGAGUGAAAAGGAUUGA